AUGUCGCUAAAGGCUUUAGCGACCUUGGAUCUAAUGACAUUAACCAAUUGCUGGAAUGGGAUCCAACAAAGGCACAACUCAUGGCAAGAUGGAGUUUCAGGAACCAACUGUGCAAUCCAGCCCAAUACUAAUUGGACUUAUGAGUUUCAAUUGAAAGACCAAAUUGGAAGCUUCUUCUAUUUCCCAUCCAUAAAUUACGAAAAGGCCGGUGGAGCAUUCGGCCCAAUUCGAGUUGAUAAUCGGGUCGUGGUCCAAACCCCAUUUGCAGAUCCAGAUGGUGAUUUUGAUCUUCUCAUUGGUGAUUGGUAUGAAGAUAGCUACAAGGUUAUUAGAGACAAAUUGGCACACGAGGGCUACAAUAAAAGUCCAAACAUGAUGCUUAUGAAUGGGAAAGGCUCAUAUUUGGACCCCAAAGCAAAAACCAAUGUAUCCUUUACAGUAAAUCAAGAAAAGACGUAUAGAUUGAGGAUUUCAAACGUGGGAAGUGAAUGGAGUUUCAAUUUUCGAAUCCAAAAUCAUAGCAUGCUAUUGGUCGAGACCGAAGGCUCGUACACCAAUCAAAUUUGGUUAAGUUCUCUUGACGUCCACGUGGGCCAAUCAUAUUCUGUUCUUGUCACAGCUGAUCAAGAUGCUGCUGAUUAUUACAUAGUUGCAACUGCAAAAAUGGCUAAUUCUACUCAGCUCAAAACACUAGAGGUUGUUGGUGUGUUGCACUAUGAGAACUCUACCAAACCUGUUGACGGGCCUAUUCCAAAUGGGCCUGAAUCAUUUGAUGUGAAAUUCUCCAUCAAUCAAGCUAGAUCCAUCAGGUGGAAUUUGACAAGAGGAGCAGCAAGGCCUAAUCCACAAGGGUCAUUUAACGUAUCAAAUGUGACAUUGUCACAAACUUUUGUUCUACAAAAUUCAGUGAACUAUAAGAAUGGCACGAUAAAUUAUGCCAUUAAUAAUGUCUCUUAUGCCACACCACAAACACCAUUAAAACUGGCGGAUUAUUACCUCAAUGGCUCCGGAGUUUACGAUAUCGAUAAAUUUCCGGCGAACAGUAGCCUACCGGAGACUGUUUAUGGAACAUUUGUUGUGUCUGGAGAACAUAGAGGGUGGCUAGAAAUUGUGUUUAAGAAUGAGUUACAAGUCAUGGAUUCUUGGCAUUUGGAUGGAUUUGGCUUCUUUGUUGUCGGGUAA